AUGUUUAUGUUUGCAAGUGCUUAUGGUCUUGCUCGUCUACAUCAAUGUCGUUUGUAUGUCUCAUCGAAAAUAUUAACUGAAUUACGCCGAUAUUUCAUAAUGGAACCAUUAAACAAUUUAAUCACUGAUAUAGCGGUAUCAAAAUUAAGCGGAAUUCAAAGAAUGUAUAGUGUCUGCACAUUUUUUUCUGAAUUAAUGUUGCCAAAUGCAAUUAAAUAUUUGGAAAUAGAAGGUUACUGGCAAGCAUACGGCCAUUUUGCGAAACAUAAUGAGGAGCUAAGACAACUAUUUAAUGGAAAACAAGAAACAAUUCAAAGGCUUUCCACAUUUUUCUCACAGUCAUUACAAAUCAUACGUCGUCAUUAUGGUUGUACACCAAAAGAGAAUAUUAGUUUUAAGUUCUCAACACAUGAACAAAUAAAAAAAGCUCUUAUGUUGACAAAUUUCACAUGGAUCGGUAUUCAUAUUCGUCGCACUGAUUUUAUUUUGAAUAAACAUGUUUCAUCAGAUUCUUAUGUAUUAGAAGGUAUCAAAUAUUUCUCUAGGAAAUAUGAAAAGUCUAUAUUUAUUGUAGCAAGUGAUGAUAAAUUGUAUUGUUCAAAUCUCCUAAAAAACCAAGUGAAUGUUAUCGUCACACCCGACUUAUUUUCUGCAAUCGAUGAUUUGAUAUCAUUAGGAAUUUGUCAACAUUCGAUUGUAACUGGUGGAAGCUUCGGAUGGUGGGCAGCAUUUCUCGCUAACGGGGAUGCUCUUCAUGAUGUGCAAUAUGACAGUUUAAGAAAAGGAUGUAACUGUACAAAAGAAUGGUAUUAUCCUCCUUGGUUUCUACUUCCAAGCAAAGUUUGA